CCUUGAUACUGGCCAUGAGGUGCGUUUUCUCUGCUUACAAGCUACUACGCGGGUGGAGUUAUCCUGCUCAAAUAACUUCGACGUUUGCCACAAUGUCUACGGAAGUGGAGAAGGCGCAUCAAGCCAGAGAUAGUGGUCAGCCGACCAUCUUCUCCAAAAUUAUCAGCGGAGAAAUUAAGGCCGAUAUUAUUUAUGAGGAUGAUAUAUGCUUAGCGUUUAACGACAGAAGUCCUCAAGCUCCGGUGCAUUUCUUAGUUAUUCCUAAAGUUCAGAUUCCCUCACUGGAUGCUACUAAAGCCAGUGAUGAACAGCUGCUUGGCCAUCUCAUGCACAUUUGCAGCGUAGUUGCCAAAGAAAGAAAGCUGAAUAAUGGAUACCGGGUGGUUGUUAAUAAUGGCCGUGAUGGUUGUCAAUCCGUUUAUCAUCUGCAUUUGCAUGUUCUUGGUGGCAGACAGUUGGGUUGGCCACCUGGCUAACCCUCUUCACCAAACCUGAGUAUUACUCUGUCUUCUACUCACCUUUUACUCAUAAUAUACUGUUUUCGCGAAUAUCGUA